AUGGGCUGUUGUCCGAAGGUCAAGAAGAAUCCGCCGGCACCCGGGCAGCGCAAGCUCGGUCGCCCCGCCGUCGCCCCCGUCGCCCAGCGGCCGAACCAGCCAACCCCGGCCCGCAAGCCGGCCGCCGAUGCGUCGAAGAGCCGUGGCGCGCAGCAGAAGCCGAAGGGCAAGGCUCCGGCGGCGUCCGUGAACAAGAGCGCGCCGAAGACGGCCCCGCGCGGCAAGAGCGGACCCUCGAAGAGCGGCAAGGAGAAGACCAAGGGCUCAUCGAAGGGGUCAUCCAAGGGAUCGGCCAAGGGAAAGACCGACAAGAACCAGUCGCCCGCCCAGAAGACUGCAGCCGCUGCGGCCGCCACCAAGAAGAAAUCGAGUGAGAAGUCAGCCCGCUCGGCCAAGUCAAAGUCGUCCAAGUCGAACAGCAAGCGCGAGGCGCCCAAGGAAGCCAGCAACAGCAAGAAGCAGCAGAAGGGCUCGGACAGCUCGAAGAAGGUGGCGACGGCGCAGUCGCGGACGGAGAAGCUGAAGCGCAAGCGCAACCCGCAGAAGAGCCGCAUCCCGCCGCCCGGAAGCACCACCGACUCGUCGCUGAUUCCACCUGAAGAGCCGGUGAUCGAGCCGAGCAAGCCGGCAAAGGACGAGAAGGCCCCGCCGCCACCCCAGUUCCACUACGCGUCGUUGGCCGACCCGUCCCAUCCGCAGCAACAGCUGGUGGUCGCCUCCUUCGUGACGAACGGGCGUCGUGUCAAGCGCUGGACCUAUGCGGACAGCUAUCCGGCCGGCACGAAGGCGCCUUCGUUGGGGGCCAUCCUGGCCGAGCGCCCGUCGUGGCCUCAAAUUUACAGCCCGAAGACCGAGUGCCCGAUGGUGGUGAUCGAGCCGGUGGGCAAGUCGGGCAACCAAGUCACCCGCGCCCUCUCGCUCACCUCCCUUCCCCCGCCCAGCCCGAACGUCGCCCGCCCAUCCGGCGAUCUCAACAAUUGCAAGUCGCUAUCGUACUCGGCCAGCAAGUCCCAGGAACGCGUCGAAGUCCAGGAUGGCCGUCGGGGCGCUGCCGCCAGCUCGAGCCGUCGCCAGAAGCAGCACUCCAGGGAGGACAAGCAGCCGACCAUUGAUGAUGCCCUCGUCGAGGAGACCCUGCGCCGGCUCGACGAUUUGGCCAAGCAAGUGGAGAGCAUGACCCGUCAGCUGCGCACGGCCCACAAGAAG